AUGUCGCUCAAUAUGCUGAUGAGCGGGGCCGACUGUGGGCCGGUGAAUCCGUUACAAGGUCUCGCGAAGAGGUUUGAACAGGAUCGGGGUAUUCAGCAGGAUUUUUUUGGUCCAGGACGAGCUGGAUCAUCGAGAGAGGUAUUUAGGUCAGAACAAUCUUCGCGACCAGACAUCCAUCAGGAUGCAGCCCGAUUCUUCUCUGCCAAUCAACACUCCUCUGUCCCCGUCGUCCAGCCUCCAAGCGCAUUUGACCUUGCGGCCAUGCAAGCCUCAUUACCCUCCACAUCUACGUCUCAGCCACGGAUGAAUCUCAACACAACUAUGGCCUCUCCUGCACCCAAUGCCGUUGCGUCUUGGGCAUCAGAUUUUAUGGUCAUGUCUCCGAAGCAGCAAAGUGGUGUGGCUUCAUCGAGUCAAAUUCAGACUCCAAUGCAAGUAGCGAGCCCGCAGGUACAGAGUCUCCCCAGUAACCAGAUGCAGGCAAUGGGCAUGGGUGGAAUGCAAAUGACACCACCGAAUUUCAAUAUGCAAGGGUUUCGCUCUCCUAUGCCUCAGUUUGGCCAAGAAUUCGGACAGGUCAUGCAACGAUCGCAGCCAAUGCAGCCAGACCACUCGGAGAAACUCUGGGACCAAGAGUUUCAUGCCCACUCAUCGCAGCCCGUCAUGCAGCCUACCACCAUCGAACCCGCUACACAAACUCGGCCUCGCCCAGCGAACGAGACCGACGAACUAGCGCGCACAGCAGGUAACCUCAUCGACGCCGUCUCACACGAACAGAACCCCAAGUUCAAGAACAGCGCGUUCAUGGGCCUCAUGCGACAGCUCCGCGACAGAGAACUCGUCGUUGACAACGCUGGUUCUUCGUUCGUGGAGAAUGACGGGACCCAGCAGUCGCAAUCGCAGAGGGAUGUGAAGGGCAAGGGGAAAGCGGUGACUUUCGAUAUGCCCAUGUCGAACCCUGAGGCACGACGAUUCUGGACGGAUGUGCAGCCACAGUUGAACGCGAACCCCACCGCUAAUUCCGCUCCCGGCCGAGAGGAAGACCCCAACGAAGCCUACUUCAGACAAGACAACGAGGAAUACAUCAAUUAUUGGCAACACCCUCAUGCUGGGUCUUCUUCUUCAUCGUCACAAGGUCAAGAUGUGGCCCACCCAGGUAUCCGAAGUGGCGAUGGACGGGGCCAAGAGAUGGCCUGGGAAGAGACAUGGGGGUCGCUACAGGAGGAUUGGGAUAAGUUUGAGGCUACAGAGAGUGGCAUUAGGACUGUCGGCCAGGAAGGAAGUGGGUAUAGGUUUCAGGAAGGAAAUCCGUAUAUCGUCGGAGCUGGAAGGGCGGGUAUGGGAGCGAUGAAUAGGAUGCAUAUGUUGCAUGGAGGAAUGGAAUCUUCAUUCUUCGAGACCGUCCUGCAACUCGAAGCAACAGUCCAGCAAGACCCUACCAACGCUCUCGCCUGGUUCACCCUCGGCGUAAAACAACAAGAGAACGAACGCGAAGGACACGCUAUCGCCGCCCUUCGACGAGCCGUCUCCCUCAAUCCGUCACAUCUGCCCUCUUGGCUGGCUCUUGCCGUUUCGCACACCAAUGAAGGCAAUCGGCAGGAGACGUAUGAGGCUGUGAAAGAGUGGGUGGAACGGAACAAGAGGUACGAGGAAGCUGUGGCGAGGUGGAGGAUGGUGAAUUCGGAUGUUCAGGGGGAUAAUGAUGGGUUUAGAGAGAUGAUUGGUUGUUUGAUCGCUUGUGCGAGGAGCGUGGGGGAGGGAGAGGUGGAUGCGGAUGUGCAGGUUGCGCUCGCGGUGUUGUUGAACACGAACGAGGAGUACGCAAAGGCUUCAGACUGCUUCCAGGCUGCGUUGUCUGUCAGACCAGAUGACUGGCUGUUGUACAAUCGCGUCGGGGCUACGAUGGCUAACAAUGGACGACCCGGUGAUGCGGUCUCGUAUUAUUAUCGUGCGUUGGAGUUGAAUCCUGCGUACAUUCGUGCUAGGUUCAACCUAGGCAUAUCGUGUCUAAACCUCAAGCGAUUCGACGAAGCCGUUCAACACAUAUUCGACGCCCUCGUACUCCAAGAUAGCGAUCGCGUCGCCUCCGACUCACAAUCAUCGGGUGCUGCUUCUGGUGUCGAUGAUGGUGGAAGGGGCAUUAUGUCGAACGCGCUUUGGAAUAGCUUGAAGACGACAGUCCUGCAGAUGGGGAGGAUGGACCUGGCGGGGUCGUGUGAUGUGAAGGACUUGGAAGAGUUCCGGAGGAGGUUGGACGGCGUGGCGUGA